AAGCAGACAUUGUGGAAAAUCUUUGUUCUGUGGAGUGACUUUUUUUUUUUUUGUGGUUUUGCUUUUCAGCCUGGUGAUGCGAUCUACCCAAAAGAUGAAAAUGGAAAAUUUAUCUACCAUGAGACAGACUUAUGUGCCACUUGGGAGGCUAUGGAAGCAUGUAAAGAUGCAGGCUUGGCAAAGUCCAUUGGAGUAUCUAAUUUCAACCGCAGGCAGCUGGAGAUGAUCCUGAACAAGCCAGGACUUAAGCACAAACCUGUCAGCAACCAGGUUGAAUGCCAUCCCUAUUUCACCCAACCCAAACUCUUAGAAUUUUGCAGACAACAUGACAUUGUUAUUGUUGGGUACAGUCCACUGGGAACCUCAAGAGAUGAAACAUGGGUAAACGUGUCCUCCCCUCCUUUGCUGAAGGACUCUGUGCUGAAUGCCAUUGGCAAAAAAUACAACAAGACAGCAGCACAAAUUGCUUUGCGUUUCAACAUCCAGCGAGGGGUGGUGGUCAUUCCAAAAAGCUUCAAUCCACAGCGCAUCAGAGAGAAUUUCCAGAUCUUCGACUUCUCUCUCACUGAGAAAGAGAUGAAAGAAAUUGAAGCCCUGAACAAAAAUGUCCGUUAUGUGGAAUUGUUGAUGUGGCGUGACCAUCCGGAGUACCCCUUCAGCGACGAGUACUGAAAACAAAGUGCAUCCAGGCAGGUUCCUAACUCGAUGUCAUCAGACUUCAUUGAAACAUACCCAAUGUUUGGUGCUUCAAUUUUACAGGAGACUGUAAAAAUCAGCAUUAAAAACAUGAAGUUU